AGUCAUUGGUGUGAAUAUAAGCAGCGCCUGUAACAUAAUGCUAACAAGAAACAAGAGAAUAAAUAUUGUAAAUGAUGUGCAGCAGGCCCUCUAAAGCACCAGAGACGGGGUUUUGUUUUUUAACAGUGGAGAUUAGUCUAACCUGACCGGAAGCAGUUCUCGUGUUCACGCGGGCUUGAUGGUGAGGCGAGAGCAGAAGGCGAGUCAAAGAAAGAAAGGAUGAGAGCCGCUGAUCUAGUGAGAGAGAGGACGAGUGUGUGAGCGAGGAACGAGCGGCUCGGCACCAGCAGCAGGAACAGACUGGACAACUCCUAUCGUGGGUUCUAAAGCAGGCUGUUCCAUUUGUGUGAUCCUGUCAGAUCAAAAGGAUGGAGGUCUUUUUGGGUCUGCUUGUCCUCGGAUCUGUGGUUCUGAACCUGGCAUUUGGGGGAGAUGUGUGUGUGUCAGGUCACGACCGUGGGCCAGUGUUUGAAGCAGAGCCAAGCAGUUUAAUUUAUCCGGAAGGCCUGACUGAAGGCAAGAUAACUCUGAGCUGUCAGGCCAGAGCCAGUCCAGCUGUUUCCUACAGGUGGCUUUUGAAUGGCACUGAGGUCUCGCUGGGGUCGGAUUGGUACCAUUUAAUAGCCGGCACCCUAGUGAUCAGCAACCCGGAGAUGAUGAGAGAUACAGGAUCAUACCAGUGUCUGGCUAUCAAUCGAUGUGGGACCAUCAUCAGCAAAGCAGCUAAUGUGAAGUUUGGUUACCUUCAUGACUUUUCUCCAGACAGUAGGAGUCCAAAGACAGUCUAUGAAGGGGUGGGCACCUCAAUACCAUGCCAGCCUCCACCACAUUACCCAGCUCUGUCCUAUCGCUGGUUAAUCAACGAGUUUCCUAACUUCAUCAGAAAGGAAGAUGGGCGGUGGUUUGUUUCACAGGUUACUGGUAACCUGUACUUGGCCAAAGCAGAGCCAAAUGAUAGUGGGAACUACUUCUGCUUCACCACCAUAAAUCUGGACAUCAGCACCAAAAGCACCUUCAGCAAGGCCAACCCACUCACUGUACUGCCAGAUGCCAAUCCCAGGAAAUCUGCACCAAGCAUUAAAGUGCGGUUCCCAGCAGAGACGUAUGCCCUUGCAGGACACACAGCACAGCUGGAAUGCUUCGCUUAUGGAAA